UUUAGUUUAUGUUUACAAGUAGGCCUAUAGCGUUAAAACCGCUCACAUGUAUGAUGGGAAGUGGUGCGUCCUCAUCUCCCAUGACAUCACCUGAACCUACUGAGGACAGUUCCCAGCCCAACCAACAAAUCAGCACUAUUACACCGAGUUCACGAAAGAAUUCAGUUAUGACAACAAAGAAUAUGCCCCUAGGAACAGACAGGAGGACCCUAACAAGAACCAAUGAAGUUGCCCCAAUUAUUAUCAAAGUUGGGAAAGAGGAAUUCCAGCGUUUCACAGAAUUCAAGGAUCCGAUUGUGUAUGGAAGGAUAGCUGACAAUAUGCCAGAACACCCUUUAGUCAAGAACAAAUAUUUCCUUGUGAAAGAUUUCCAUCCUGGUAUGGAUAAGCUGGGUACAAUGGAGACAUAUCAAGCACCAAAUGUACGUAAAGCACAGGGCAGUUUCCCUGUGUAUGGCAUGGGACAGCCCACAAAGGACAGCCUUAGUAACAUGUUGGAGCUCUUGCACUCUGGAGGACACUCAGAAAUCCUUGUGCUAAAUUUACGAGAAGAACCUGUUCUCUUCUUGAAAGAUGGAUUUGACAUGGUCACAUACUCCCCUCGUCAUCAGGACCAUCUGCAUAAAUGUGAAGUAAACCAGGGCAAGACUGUCGCUGAAGCUAGUGCCUUUGAAGUAGCAAUCAGGAAAGAGAUCAUGGAUUUGGCAGGUUUACGUGAUGAACACGACAGUCUGUUUCAGUUCUACAAUGACAUCACUAAUCUAACCCAUGACCCUCAGUUGUAUUAUGUUGCCUAUGAAGACUUCAUUAGUAUUAGUGAUGAGGUCUACCAACGUCAUACUUUCUUCAGUGACAAAGUCAGGCUACAAAGAUUAUGUUUCCCAACCGAUGGGGCACCAUCUGAAGAAGACUUUGAUACCCUCGUCUCAUUUUUUAAGGCUUGCCCAGCUUUAUUUGAUGGUGAAGAUGUUUCAUUGCCCGCCAUGUUAUUCACCUCACACACUGGAGAGGGUAGGGCAACGGUUGGCAUGGUAAUUGGUUACCUAGUGCUUUCACAUAUGCAGGGAUUUCCCAAUGAUGCAAUAAAAACGCCAUACCCAAUAAAUGAAAAAUCACCAAACUAUGAACGUGGUGAGUUUACAGCAAUAGUAGAGCUCAUCAAAUACCUCAGCAAUGGACCAAAAAUAAAACAAGAGGUUGAUGUGACAAUAGACAUGUGUGGAGAGCUGAAUAAUCUGAUAGAUGAGCUCCACAAAGCUAAAGAAACACUUGAGGAGAUAGAAACUGAUUAUAUAAUACAAGGUGAAAGUGCCAUGAGUUACUUUAGAGAAAAAUGUGUCAACUAUCUGGAGAGGUACUUUUAUCUGAUUUGCUUCAAUGCCUACUUGCAUGACCAGUUUGUGAAGCUCCUCUCUAUAAGCUUCUCCCAGUGGAUGAAGCAGCAUCCUUAUAUCUACCACUUGUUUAGCAAUCUAGACAUAUCAUGCAGGACAAUUUCAUCCGAGCUGCUACUGAAUAAUCAACAUUUCCUGGUUGCAGAUGACUACUGGGGCUUAGAUGUGUUGAGCUCACAGAUGGACGUGAAAGUGUCAAACUUCAGGAGAAUCCCUUCUUUACCUGUAUAUGGCAGUGCACAACCAUCUCGUGAGGGUCUAUCUUGCGUGAUGAAAUAUUUGACCAGCAAGAAGCUUGGUCAUCCAAAGGUGGUUCUAGUCAACCUGAGAGAAGACAUGGUACUGGAAUGUGAUGCGCAGACAUUUAGCCCUCGUGAUAUCAAUAACCUUGAAGAGCCAGUCAUAAUGCCAGAUAUUUCUGGCAGUGAAAUUGAGGCUAAAGAAAAUGAGAUGAAGAAUGUAGUGAAACCUAAGAAAUCAUUCCAAAUCUACACAGAUCUGUCUGAGAGUUCAGAUAGUGUUGAGUUCAGUAGUGUGUUAACACCUCUAGAGAUGUUCAAUCAGCAAUGCAUACAGACCCCUCAACUUGUAUAUCACAGGAUACCCAUAUCUGAUGAUGCAGCACCUAAAGAAAAAAACUUUGAUCAGAUCAUGGCACUGCUGAAUAACAUUGAAGAGAUCUACACAGAUGAAGAUGGCCCAGCCUUGUUGUUUCAUUGCCGUACAGGAAAGGGGCGGACAACCACAGCCAUGGCUAUUGCGGGCCUGAUCAUAUGUCAUAAAAAGGGGUUCCCCUAUGGUACAAAACCUGGAGAGCAGGAAUUGGUCUCUUGCCCCAAUGCAACAUACACAAAAGGAGAGUUUCUAAUUGUUCAGCGGCUGGUCCGCAUGAUUCCUAAUGGUCAGCAGAUGAAGCGUGAAGUUGAUUUCAUGCUUGACCAAUGUUCAGAGACAAUGACUCCAAUGCAUUACCAUGUGAGAGAAGUGAUAUUUGUCACAUACAAUAAAAUGAAGAAGGCCAAAACUGAUGAAGACAGAGAGGAACUGAAGUUAAAGAGUCUGCAGUACUUGGAGCGCUAUCUAUAUCUUAUUCUAUUCAACACAUAUCUACAUGCUGAGAGAAGGAACCAUUAUGAGAGAUCAUUCACUCGGUGGAUGAAAGAGGUUGGCUCAAGAGCAGGCGUGUAUGAAGUACUUGAUGAUAUAGCUUUCACUGACUUUGAAAGUGUUAACUCAAAAAUGCUGAGGACACGACGUGCACGUUGGAAGCAAGUACCAAAGUUGCCUUUCAGAGGAAAAUUUAUAUAGCGCCAUGGCCGAUCUUAAUGAUGGUGAUCAUAAUGUGGUGAAUAAACAAAGGAAACUUAGGAAGGUCAGAGGAUUGACACAAGAAUCUCAAACAAAGAUUGUUCCCAUUGAACCAAGUGCCUGCUACAGGGUACAUCAAUUUACAGGUUAUGCAAACUUGUACAGACCUACAUGUAUGGUGACAAACUUGUGGUUAGAUAGACCUGAGGAUACACAGAUUAAUAUGACUAUCGAGUUACACCUUGUAGAUACAGAGAAUUAUGAUGGUUCCCUUUGACAUCCGUUACACAAUUUAUAUGGCUACACAAACCUUAUGCUUUAUGGUUCUAGAGAUCUGUGGUUAGUCCAAUGUAUGAGGUUACACAAACCUUCUAGAUACAUAGAUUUACGAUUCAGUUGACAUGCUGACCAAUAUUUAUGGUUACACUUGAUGGCUACGUAGGGAAGGAGUGAAAGAGACCUGACUUAUUAAGUAAAAGCAAAUAAUUAUUUUUUGAAUUAAUUCUGUGUUAAAUAUGUGUUCAUUUAGUGGAGUUAUGUAAAGUGUUUGUACAUUAUCAAAUUGCACAUUAUGACUGUUUCAUUUGCCAAACCCCAAUUAUCCCAAAUGAUAAUAUCCUAAUACGCUGAUGUCAUCACUUAAACAUGGGACAUCAUAUUUUAGUGCAUUGAUUUU